UAAGCCCUAACAUAGUUUUUCUCUGAAACCAGACCACCUUAACUGUUCACUAUUCUUUGUCCAGGAACAUAUAACCGCUGUGUUUCUGCAUUAUGGGAAGAUCACCGCGUCGUGAGGAGAUUAGUGGUGUGAAGAAAGGACCAUGGACACCAGAAGAAGAUGAGAAGCUGGUUGAUUAUAUCACCAAACACAGCCAUGGCAGUUGGAGAACACUUCCAAAGCGUGCAGGGCUGAAUAGAUGUGGUAAGAGCUGCAGAUUAAGGUGGACAAACUAUCUGAGGCCUGAUAUCAAGAGAGGCCAAUUCACUGAAGAAGAUGAGAGAAUUAUCAUCAACCUUCAUUCAGUUCUCGGAAACAAGUGGUCGAAGAUUGCGGCUCAUCUACCAGGACGAACUGAUAAUGAGAUAAAGAAUUAUUGGAACACUCACAUAAGGAAGAAGCUUCUAAAGAUGGGCAUUGAUCCAGAAACUCACAAGCCAAGAACAGACUUUAAUCACCUCAUGAGUCUUUCUCAGUUGCUUGGCAUGUCAAACUUGAGCAGUGUUAUGAGUAGUACUUGGGGCAAUAACAAUCUUGGUUUGCAACCAGACAUCACUCAGCUAGCAAAAAUUCAACUGCUGCAAAAUCUCUUGCAACUUAUGAACAGCAAUUCAUUUGUUAACAUGGGUAACCCUUACCUCUUUGGCAAUCCCAACCUGAACCCUUUAUUUCUGAACGGCACAAACCCCCUCCAAGCUAAGGAGCCUGUGGUGUUGAGUGGUAGUGAAAGAUUUGGUAACCCUAGUGUGUACUCUCAAGCACAAAGUGAGUGCUCAAAAUCAUUGGCAGAUGUGGAGGGUGGAUCCAUUCCACAAGAUCUUGAUUACAGCAAAAUUAGCAGCAUCAACACCAAUCAUUCGCGGGAAAAUCAAGAAGAAAACCCUCUCCCUGCAUUAGUUGCUGCCUCUCCGAGGAUGGGAACCUUAAACCAAAUGGACAGUGGUUGUGGUAACUUAGCACAAACGAACGCAGAGUCACCUUCGAACACAUUCUUUGAUGAUUGGGAGAAGUUGCUUGAUGAUGAAAGAAGCGGUUCCUAUUGGAAAGAGAUUCUAGAAUUUACACCCACUUCUGCAUCACCGAUUAUGUGGUAGAAGAAUCAUUGGUUCUCUUUCAGGACGAUCCCAUCAAUUCAUGGAUAUAUAUUCCGUACCCAAGAGAUACGAAGUUUUAUUCAUUCAUGGUUUUUUUUUUCUUUGUAGAUUCAUUUCUCUUUUAAUACAGUACAUGGGUAUACUAAACAUACAUAUAUAAAAGAUUCAAGUACAUGCAUAUUUAUAUAAUAUGGAGGGUUGCAUACAUACACACAUAUAUUUAGCUUUAUAUAUUAUGUUCUUAGAAACAACCCUGUACUUUACUAGAUUGGUUCCAUUUUCUAAAGUAAAACACCUUUUAUAAGGAAUUCUUUUAA